AUGAAAAGAAAAAGAACUAAAUCAGUAUGUUGUAAAUUUUGUGACUUUGAAUCAAAUGAAAAUAGACGAAAGCUAUCGAAGAACGAUGACAGCGAAGAUAGGAAGAAAGGUGGCAUUAAGAAAUCAAGGUACGUUUCAAAACAAGACAGGAAGGACAAUAUACAUUUCAAAGUCAAACAGAUUUUUGUUUUACCUUUUGAUCCUGUAUGCAUGGCAAUAACAAAAGACGAAACAGUGUGGAUAGCAGACACACAGCAUCUUAUAGAAUUGGACCUAACAAAUGGAAUGAAAAAGUUGAAUGAGUUUUCAAAUGUACAUUGCAUUGACUUGAGUAUUAGUUCAAAACACGAAUUAUAUGGAUUAUUUGAUAAUCAAGUCCGAAAAGUAACUAGAAAGGGUAUUGGUAAGAAAGUAUGCGACUUUUCGCCGUACACGCCUAUUACAUUUAACAUUACACAACGUGAUGAAAUUGUUGCUUCAUUAGAGAUGGACCCAAGUAAAAGGUCUUCUAGAAGUAGGAAGCCGGCAUCGAAGUUUGUUGUCCUUGGAUUGAAUGGAGAAGUCAAAGACGAAUAUAUUUUUGACAUUUCGAGUCGUCUUAUAGGAGUUAGAUGCAAUUCUUUAUUAAAAGCUGCAUCAAAUGAUUUUAUUUAUUACACCUAUCAACCAUUAGAAGAUGACAGCAAAAUAAAAAUGGUUAAUAAAUGGAAAGAGGUUGUUUGGGAAUAUCCUGCGUCUGGGCCAAAGGCCAAGGAAUUCCUUCCCAACGAAUUGAUCGAAACUCGACUCGGUCUACUCAUAAUAGCAGAAAUAGGCGGGAAUACUUUGCACAUCCUUGAUUUGAAUGGACGUGUGAUUGGUGUUAUUGAUGUCACACAGUUUGGACUUACUCGACCAGGUCUUCUCGUCCUUGAUAAUGACGGACAUCUCUGGAUGGAAGGUCUGUCUUCUUCCAAUGAAGAGGAAUCCAUUUUGUGUGUUUUAAAAUUUGGACGCUUUCUUUCUUGA